AUGUUCCUUCCGACCAACACUCGCUUUACGCCACCCAUUCCCAACGGCCUGGUUGUCAACGACGGAAUGGGGGCCAACUUCAAGUUCGAGAAGGGCAAGACGUACCGCAUCCGCAUGAUCAACUACGCCGCCUUGGCCUCGUUCAUGGUCCACUUCGACUCGCACGACAUGAACGUCAUCAUGUCCGACGCGGCCUACGUGAAGCAGAAGACCACGUACAUGCUGCGCGUUGCCCCCGCUCAGCGGUACGACGUCCUCGUCAAGUGUAUUGACCGCGACAACCGCAACUAUGGCUUCCUCAUUGCCGGCGACAUUAACCGCGACUUCACGAACAAACAGUUCGCUCAGAGUUGGCCCUUCAACUAUACCGGCCAGCUCGUCAUGUUCCCCGACAGGCCCUUUGGCACCGAUGUCGUCAAGGAGUGGCGCCCCUCGGACGACGCCGUCUUCGAGCCCCUCGGAGACGCCCCUAUCCUGCCCAAAGCCACCAAGAUCUUCCAGUUUGAUUGGGACUUCUGCCUCGACAAGAGCGGUAUCCCCCGUUCCUGCGUCAACGGCUCCCCCUACGUCGACCAGAAGGUGCCCACGCUCUACACCGCCGCCACGACAGGCGAGAACAACACCAACCCCUUGGUGUACGGCGCCAUCCACCCCUUCGUCGUCAACUACGGCGACGUCGUCGACAUCGUCGUCAACAACAGGGACCCGGCCAUCCACCCCUUCCACCUCCACGGCCACCAAUUCCAGGUCGUCCGGCGCGCCGCCAGCGGCGCCGGCGACUGGCCCGGCGUCGACCGCGCCCGACUCAACCAGAAGCCCCCGCGCCGCGACACCGUCUCUGUAAUGGGCAGCUCGCACGCCGUCAUCCGCUUCGAAGCUACCAACCCGGGCGUAUACCUCUUCCACUGCCAUAUCGAGUGGCACGUCGAGAUGGGUCUCACCGCCACAAUCAUCGAGGCCCCCGAGCGCCUCCGUAACCUCGCUAUCCCGGAGGACCACAAGGCUGCCUGCCUCGCCCAAGGCAUCCCGACUGCCGGUAAUGCUGCCGGAAACAUCGAGAACCCGCUUGACCAGACCGGCAUGUUCCUCGAGCCACCCUCGACGUAUCAUGGUGCAACCUUCAACCCCCCUGCCGCUCCCGCUGUCGCCUCUCCCGCUGUCGCCUCUCCCGCCCCCAUUGCCGCGUCUUCUGCUUCCGCUGCCGCGUCUCCCGCCCUCGCCGCCGCCAGGCUUCGCUCGCGCGUCGUUGGCAAUCAUCUUUGA